AUGGAGAACAAUAUUUUACUUAGUUCAUUUGAAACGUCAGUACUACUCUGUGCUAUUUGUACUAUUAUUUUAGUAGGCACGGCCACGUGCAGAAGAUUAAGGGGGGAACAGACCUCACUUGGUAAACGACCGAGGGAAGAUGAAAUUCUUGACUUACCCCAAAAGCGAAUUUGGAAACGGGGGAGUCAUCAUCCUCCGGUCAACCCGGAAGCCCCACAAAUCGAGGGGGUCCCGGAAGCCCCUCAACUAGAGGCGGGGACUCCAGUGGCUUCCCCCGUCCAAGUAGAAGAAGUGAAGCAAGAAGGACACCAGAAAUGCAGGGACAUAAUUGGAAUUCAAGAUGAAUCACGGUAA